ACUCGGCGGCCAUUAGCUGUGUGUAGUUGCUCGGGAUUAAGAGCUUAAGUGAAGAGAAGCCCUAUUCGGUGGAAAUCAGCAAUGGCGAAGGGCUCCUGCCGGGGCUAGCCCUGGAGUACGGAGAAGGUGGACUUGACGGUUCCCCGCCCCGCCGAGUGGCGGGGCCCCCUAGGCCUCCGGGCAUCCCCGGUCUCAAGUAGGCCUAGUCUGCCGGCAAAGGCGCACCAAAAGCGGGAGGCGCCAUGUCGCUGGUUGCUUACGCUAGCAGCGAUGAGAGUGAGCCAGAUGAGGCUGAGCCGGAGGAGGAGGAGGCGGCACCUACAUCUGGGCCCACCUUAGGGGGCUUGUUUGCUUCUCUCCCCGCACCCAAGGGUCCGGCCUUGCUGCCUCCGCCCCCUCAGAUGCUAGCCCCAGCUUUUCCCCCGCCGCUGUUGCUGCCCCCACCCAGCGGAGACCCCCGGCUCCAGCCUCCUCCCCCCUUGCCCUUCGGCCUGGGAGGCUUCCCCCCACCUCCGGGCGUGAGCCCGGCUGAAGCAGCGGGAGUUGGGGAGGGGCUGGGAUUGGGGGUGCCCUCGGCCCUCGGCCCUGGCCUCAGUCUGCCCCCCCCUAUCGGCGGUGCCGGGCCCCCCCUGGGGCUUCCCAAGCCAAAGAAGAGGACAGAGCCCGUGAAGAUUGCGGCGCCAGAGCUGCAUAAGGGGGAUUCAGAUUCCGAGGAAGAUGAACCCACAAAGAAGAAAACUGCCCUUCAGGGAUCUGGCCAGGGGACUGGUUUGUCUGCCUUGCUUCCCCAACCUAAAAACCUGACUGUGAAAGAGACUAACAGGUUGCUCCUGCCCCAUGCCUUCUCUCGGAAACCCUCGGAUGGCUCCUCUGAUGCUAAGCCCUCCCGACAGGCUUCUAAGACCAAGCCCUCCUCCCUUGCCCCUGUUGUGGGCACCACGACCACCACUCCAUCGCCCUCUGCCAUCAAGGCAGCUGCCAAGAGUGCUGCCCUGCAGGUGACGAAGCAGAUUACGCAGGAGGAGGACGACAGUGAUGAGGAAGUAGCCCCUGAGAACUUUUUCUCCCUCCCGGACAAGGCUGAGCCACCUGGAGUUGAGCCAUACCCUUACCCCAUUCCCGCUGUCCCUGAAGAGCUGCCUCCAGGCACGGAACCAGAGCCGGCCUUCCAAGAUGAUGCAGCCAAUGCCCCCCUUGAAUUCAAGAUGGCAGCAGGCUCAAGUGGGGCCCCUUGGAUGCCUAAGCCUGGGGACGACUACAGCUACAGUCAGUUCUCCACAUACGGCGAUGCCAAUGCUGCUGGUGCUUAUUAUCAGGAUUAUUACAGUGGUGGCUACUAUCCUGCACAGGACCCGGCCCUGGUUCCCCCCCAGGAAAUUGCUUCGGAUGCCUCCUUCCUCGAUGACGAAGCAUUUAAGCGGCUGCAGGGCAAGAGGAACCGAGGUAGGGAAGAGAUCAACUUUGUGGAGAUCAAAGGGGAUGACCAGCUCAGUGGGGCCCAGCAGUGGAUGACCAAGUCAUUGACAGAAGAGAAAACCAUGAAGUCAUUCAGCAAAAAGAAAGGUGAGCAGCCAACAGGGCAGCAGCGGCGGAAACACCAGAUCACGUAUCUGAUUCAUCAGGCUAAGGAGCGGGAGCUGGAGCUGAAGAACACCUGGUCGGAAAACAAGCUCAGCCGCCGGCAGACCCAAGCCAAGUAUGGGUUCUAGGGCUCUGGAGGCGACUGCAGAUCCCAGGAUCACUUGCAGCUCUGCUGGCCCAGCCCCCAGCUUCACCUCUGGGACCCCAGCUGCUCAAGCCCAGGAUCUCUUUCCCUGAGGACCCAGCCGUCUCCUUUGUGAGAAUGAACAUAUUUGAUAGAGUUUUCUUACAAAAGUUAGAAAACUCAGCUCCUUUCUGUCUUGGAGCCGGCAAAGACUCAAGUGAUGCCCCAGACAGGGCUCUGAGUUCUUGGAUGGGAAUUUGCUCCCUGUUGGGCGGGAUAAAAUGUUGAAUCCCUCCCUCCACCAUUUUUUUUUUUUUUUAAAACCAGGGAUGUCUGAUGAAAUAAAAUAUUCAGUCUGACAGAUGCUGCCUGCCCUCACCCCUUUCCUACUUUUAGUAUGGUUUCCUUUUUCAUUUGUUAUCCUGUCCCUGGGUCUCAGUUUUUACCUUGUGUAAAGCAGCCUCCAGUCAUUGUGAGCUGCCUCUAUGAUUGCCUCGCCUUUUUUUUCCUGUACCCACCAUCUAAACUGGGUUCGUGGCUAUUGAAGACCCCAGGAGUUGUAUGUAAACUGUGAUUGGGGGAAGUCAGGAACGUCUUUCUCUGACAGGAAAGAAUUGUUAGACAUAAAAUUCAGGCCAGCAAGAGGGAAAGUGGUGAAUGUCUGUCUCUGAAGAUGAUUCAAGUUUAUACUGGUAGUCAUUGGCUUAGACUGAUGUGGAAACUCUGCAUAGAGCUGGGGA